CCCAGCCGCACCCACCACCACCUCCUCCACCCUCCCCACCCUGGUCCCGUACCCGGCUGUCAGGCUGCCUUGGCCAGCAGCCUCCAUCCCCACCACCAUCCCCACCGCCCCUCCAGCUCCCCACCCCCGACAACAACCCUGAACCGCCUGCCCCUUGCCAAGCUGUCUCAGGCUGCGGGGACGGCCCGUCCCCAGCCCACCAGCCAGCCCCAGACCCCCCAUUCUCCCCAGCCCCAGCCGGCCGCCCCACACCCUCACCCUCGGCCCGUUCGCCCCCCUCGGCCGUCCCUGGAGAACCGGGGGCCCCGGUCCGUCCAUGGGGAGCAGACGGAGGGACGCGGGGCCCCCAGCAGCACCCAGAGGGCCCAGGGCCUGCUGCAGCAGCGGAGGUCUCGCCCCCUAUCUCAGGCCCCUCAGGGUCCCCCCGCAGCAGGAGAAAACAAAGCUGGUUCUGGACGUCAGGCUAAGGACGUAUCCACACUGACAGACAUCUCCCACAACCUGAACCUGCCGGAGGUGGAGCUGGUGAGUCUGCUGACGGAGGAUCUGCCGCGCUACACGCUGCGGGCCGACUGCGUCUUCGGCUACGACCACGACGACUGGCUGCGCACCCCCAUCCUGCCACCAGGGGCCGACCUCGGCCUGUCGCCGGAGCUCAUCGAGGAGACGCUCAAGUACUUCUUGCUUUGCUCAGAGAGAGUGGGCCAAGUCACCAAGACAUACCAUGACAUCGAGGCUGUCACUCAUCUACUGGAGGAGAAAGAGCGGGACCUGGAGUUGGCAGCACGGAUUGGCCAAUCGCUUCUCAAGCAGAACAGGGAGCUGACAGAACGCAACGAGCUAUUGGACGAGCAGCUGGAGAUAGCCAAAGAAGAGAUUGCUCAGCUGCGCCAUGAGCUCUCCAUGAGGGAUGAUCUGCUUCAUUUCUAUGCCAGCACUGAGGAACUGGAGAUGGCCACAGAGGGACGCACGACGGUGAAGAGGAAUGAGUCGAGCUCGUCUCUGACUAACCUCAUCCAGUACGACUUCCUGCAGCAGAAACUCAAGAGCCUCGAGGAGGAGAACCACCAACUGCGCUCUGAGGCUUAUGAUCUGACGUCGGAGACCACGGACUAUGAGGAGCGGGAACAGCAGCUGAUGAUGGGAUGUGUGGACGAGCUGUCCUCGGCUAAUAAGCGUGCGGUGGAGUUGUCUGAUGAGUUGGCCCGUAAGGUGGAGGACUCGCUCCGGCAGCAGGAGGAGAUCAGCGGCCUCCUGGGACAGAUAGUGGACCUGCAGCAGAAAUGCAAAACACUCACCAAUGACAAUGAAGAACUCAACCAGCAGUUGAACACCUCCCGUGAUGGCCAGACCCAGCUCAGGUCAGAGCUGCGGGACAUGCAGGAGAAGUACUCGGAGUGCGAGGACAUGUUGCGUGAGGCGCGUGAGGUCAACAAGAACCUGCGCAACAAGAACGCCCCCAACAGCACGGUGCAGCGCUUCAGCGCCCUGGAGACCGUCAUCCCCAUGGACUCGCUGGCCGCCGAGAUAGAGGGCACCUUCCGCAAGGGCAUCGACAGCCCGGCGCCAUCGGAGUACAAGAACCACCCGUUGCGCGUGUUCGAGACGGUGAAGGUGGCCAACCAGGUGGCUCGGCUGCGUUCGCGCUGCGCCUCCCCCGGGGUGCCGGGCUCCAGCCCCGUGUCCAUGUCCGGCCGCUCCAGCCUCACCAGCACCCCCCGCACCAGUUACUAUGGCAGCGACGCCGCCAGCCUGCAGUACGACGACAAGGGCUCCACCGCCGCCAGCAACGGCCACAGCGACGAACACGGUCGGCGCAUGAUUGGCCAGCCCGGCACGCCGGGAGGCCACGACCUGGAGGCAGCCCUGCGCAACCUGUCGGCGCGGCAACAGAGCCACGUGUCGGAGCGGCCCUUCUUCGAGGUGGAGCGCGAGCGCAAGCUGCGCAUGCUGGCGUGGCACCAGAGCGGCGAGGGGGCCGACGGCUGCGAUGGCAUCUUGGGAGGCGUCGGCGAAGGCGGGGGGGAGGAAGUGGAGUCGUCCAGCGGCUUCCUGACGCCCUCCUCCUCCACGGGCACCAACUACUCGGGCAGCUCGCGCCACUCGGCCGGCUCCGGACUCUCCACCUCCUCGCGCUCCUGCCUGCCCGACCGCCUGCAGAUCGUCAAGCCACUGGAGGGCUCGGUGACAUUACACCACUGGCAGCAGCUGGCCAGGCCCAACCUGGGGGGCAUCCUGCACCCGCGGCCGGGCGUGCUGACCAAAGACUUCCGCACGCUGGACAUCGACCUGCAGCACGUCUACAGCCUCAACGACCUGGAGGAGGACGAGGAGGACUGCAGCGCGCUGGCACGGCUCUCCGCCAGCCAACGCCACCACGGCAGCAUGGCCCAUCAUCCUCCUCCAUCCGGCCCCAACCACCAUCUCCCACAGACCUCCCCCACCUUCUCCGUCACCAACUGCCGGGUCCUACACCACCACCCCUCCUUAUUCAUUCCCACCCUCUCCAGCAGCCUUUCCGCUCACAGCCUGUCCGCUUGUGGGAGCUGUGAGCAUGUGACCGGCGACCAGCCUCCCUUUCCGCCACAGCCAGCGCUCGGAGUCGCACCCCACCUCCAGUCGCCUCUCUCCACCAUCCACCCCUCCUCGGUCUCCCCGAGCAACACCACCAUCACCACCAUCUCCACCACCACCCCAGACACCCAACACCUGGGCUUGCUGGGCCUUCUCCAGAAGGAGGGCAUUUCAGCAGGGACCUACCCAUACGGACAACACCAUGGAGGAGGACCCAGCCCACUGCCGCCACCCUCCAACCCACUCACCGGGAAGGUUGCCAGGAGGUUCUCCCUCAGCGGUGCCAGUAUUGGUGGUGGUGGUGGGGCCGAGGGAACAGAGGGGCUGUUGGCCAAGGUAGGGGGGGAGAGAAGCCUGGCUGCUGAGAGGAAGGUGUUCAGCCUGAACCUGGUGGAGAAGCUCCUGAGUCUGGGCCUGCACAGCAUCGCGGCUCGAGGGAUGGUGGACUCCUCUGGAGCGGAGAGGAGGUUGGGGGCGGGGACGGGCAGGGAUUGGCGUUGGUCGGGCAGCAUGAGGACAUUCAUUCCCUAAGUCCUGGGACCUGCCCAACACCGCUGAUCAAGGGAUGCUGGAGGGACUCGGGAGUGGAGGAAUAGAGCUCAGAGACAGGGACGAGGAAUGGUAGAAGGAGCAGAAACUGGCCUUCAGCUGGUUGGGCAGACUGAGGAUUUUCACCCCCUGAUGAUGAUUAUAGCCUACCUGAACUACUCCACCAAACAUCCCCCUCAGUAGCGUACUCAAGCUGCCCCCCAGCCCCACUGACAUUUACACUGGUGAUUUCUGAUUCAUCUGUACACCUCACUUUUUAAAAAAGCAAGUGAAGAAACGGAUUGCCUUGAGAAAUACAGAGUUUAGGCUUUGAUAAUGACAAUUGUUUGAUUGAUGUUUCAAAUCCAGGACUUUUCCUGGAAAUGUUAAUGUAGACUUGGUUAAAGGCAAUUGUAUAUUUAAAAGUGAAUUUUGUGCCUACUGCUAUCUGUUUUUUCAGAGCAACCGGUCUCCAUCUUGUUUUUUUUGUUUGUUUUUUUUAAAGUGAGGUCUGCCUAUUAGAAUUCACUGUGUUACCAUGACCACAAACUCCCAAUCAUCUGUCAUCAGACAAGCCUUCUGGGAACGUUCACAAAGCCAUAAUAAUAACUGUAGCAGUAGCCGAUCCACCAUUUUCUCUGAUGAUGUUUUUUUGUCUAACAAAAUAAAAACACUGUAUGUAGAUUAGAUGGUGUUGAGUGCCAUUGCGAUGAUUAAGGCUUGGACAGCUUUUGACAACAGAUUUAUCUGGCUUAUUUUCUUGGCCAACAAUGCUGUCCAGGUUCUCUUCAGUGUAAUCAAAAAAACUAAAACUAAAAAGAACAAAAAAAAGAAAAAAACAAACAAAAAAACAUUUUUACCAUUAUAUUUCUGGUGUUUUAUGACAACACUACGAAAGGGAUUAGCACUUUCUUUGUCUGUAUUUAAAGAACCAUCGAGCGUGUUGUAAAUUCAUAUUAUGUGAACAUGGACAUCAAUUGUAGAUACGUUGUUUGCUGAAUCUACAUGCUUUCAUUGUUUCCUGUACCACUUGUUGGGUCUCAUGAAAAAAGUUUCUUUUUUGCAUGCAUGUAGAAAACGGGUGCUAUCAACUUGUCUAGAUAGCAAUAUGUACUCUCUCCAUAAUGCUGUACAUUGUGUGUGAACAAGGCAGCAGUACAUACAAUAGUUCUCCAUUGGAUCACAAAAUAAUAUUCUUCACUCAAGACAGCCAUCAGUAAGAACACGAUAUUGAAACAUAUAGGUUUCAACACACACACAUACAACUUGCUGUCAAUGUAUUCAAUACUGUUGUGUGUACAACUGAAGACCUUGAAAUUCUAGAGCUUUCUCUGACUGAUCAUAUUGUAUAUCACAUCACUUGAAACACUUCUUUCACUCAUCACUGUAGAAAAAUAUGGCCCAAGAAUGUAGUUAUUCUUGAACACCACUCCCUGCAUGGUGAAACACUGGACUCCAGGCACUAGUACCCACAAGAUGCAUGGACGCUUACUACUUACACAAGCACAGCAACUGUACGCACACACACCAACUUUUGUGUACACAUUGUCCAACAGACACAACAGACGCCCUCCAUUCAGCGCACACCAAAUAUAACAACAAUGAAAUGCACAUGUUUUUUUCUUCUCUCACACCAUGGGAACUGUUUGAGAGAUUACGAGUAGAGGUACAGGCAACAACAACAAAAAACGCUGGGAGGGAAGUCUUGUGAGGUCUGUAUUUUGGGAGGGCAUGUACACUGCAGCACUACGCUCUUGGGUUGUUUAUUCUUCCCCACACUUCAGAAUGCAUACAGGAAACGAGAACACCUUGACUACUGUCUCUGGCGUAACGCAAGUACUUCAGGCCCCCCUGCAAGCUACCAAGAAUGGGCCCCCGGAAUGAAAAAAGCGGGCUUAAUAUCAUGUGCAGGGGGCCCGUUUCUUCAAGUCAAGGGCCCUUGCGGCCCCCCCGCCUCGUAUGGGCCCCCCUGCCUCGUGGGGGCUGCGGGGGUAUACUUUACACCCCUGACUACUGUUGACUGCUGACUACUGAUUUCACCUGCAUUUCCAAAGCUGUUUUUUUUUUUACUUGAUCAAAGCAACUUUGUACGUACUACGUAUAUCACCAGCUGUGAAUUGUAUCACAGUGGGUUUCUUCUUGUCAUCCCAAUGCAUGGUUUGAACUUUGAAGCUGAGAUGAGAACACCACAAAAUACACGUGGACUGAAGGACCUACAGUAAGACAAUGGCUACGCUUACAUGGGACAUUUAAAUUCCGAGUUAACUCACUUUAAUUCUGAAUAAAGCUUAAUUCCGCUUUGAAAAUGUCAUGUUAACACCUCACAAUUUGGAAUGAACUGAAAGAUCAAAGCAAACCAGAGGGAACUGAAUUAUUAAUUUGGAAUUAAAAACGUCAUGUAAACGUAGCCAUCCAUUAGCCAUGCAUGCUUGCUUAAAAAAACAAUGCUCAGGCAACUUGAUCAUUGUGAAACAAUCAGUAGUUUAGAAAAAAAUAUCUAGGAUGUGCUGAUCAUAAGAAGGGAACAAGUUGAAAUUAAAUUGCAGUCUUCCAUGUGACGAAUACAGUAGAUGACAACUGUUGUGGUAUUGUAGGGUUAGAUACUACAUGCUGAAUCGUACUCUUGUGUACUCUGUUUCCAGUGUCACUCAAGUGUAAUCUGUGAGUAUUUAAAAGUGUGCACUCUGUAUAAAUUAUAUUUGUGAAUAAAUGCUCAACUGACUUUCCAAUGG